UUCCUCCCCCCAUAUGCAUUCUUCUCCUUCAUUCGCUCGAAAAAUAUUCAAACAAAUUAAAUGGGUAUCUCAAAUGGAAGUUCGAUAAUUGCCGUUGCCAUUAUCCUGCUGAUCAGCCUUCUGCAUCCAGCUUACAUGCAAGGUCAAGUACUACCAGUCGUGCGAAGGGAUUAUUUCUUGUUUGAAAACUUUGAUCAUACGAGGGACGAUCCGCACUUGAAGUUUGAAGGCUCUGCAGAAAUUGAUUAUGAAGCCUUUCAGAUAACUCCAGAUUCAAGAAAUGAUUUGAGCAGACUCCGAAACAAGUCCGGCCGCGCUAUGUUUUCACGAUCUUUCAGGCUCUGGUCUUCCGAUGAUACAGCCUCCUUCAACUCUACUUUCCUCAUAAAUAUUUUCAGAGACGCAAACUGGACUGCUGGGGAGGGCCUUGCUUUUCUCAUAGCCCCCGAUAUAUCUAUACCUAAAGAAAGUUACGGGCAAUGGCUUGGGCUCACCAGCGCUGCAACCGAUGGGAACAGCGCCAACCAGUUGGUGGCCAUAGAAUUUGAUACCAGAAAGCAAGAGGACAUUGAUCCAGAUGACAAUCAUAUUGGCCUUAACAUCAACUCUGUUAGAUCAGCCAAGACCGUCCCUCUCGAUGAUCAUGGCAUCAGAUUAUCUCCCGAAAUUCCCGCUAAUUACACAGUAUGGGUGCAGUACAAUGGCGCGUCCAAGCUGAUGGAGAUUUUCAUGGCGGAAGAAGGGGGGCCCAAGCCUGAAAAACCUCUUCUCAGCGAGAACAUAAACCUGAAAGACUACGUCAGACAAGAAUCCUUCUUUGGGUUUGCUGCUUCUACAGGUGAUGGUACGAAUAUUCAGCUGAAUUGCGUCUUGAAAUGGAGUCUAGAGAUAGAUAUUCUGCCCGGGAAAAGUGAUUUGACUUGGUUGAAGAUAGGUGCUGGGAUUGGAGUCCCGGCGGCGACAUUGUUAAUCCUGUGCGGUGUUCUGUACGUGAACAAGAGAAAGAGAAGCAGCAGUAGCAAUGAUAAGGACGUUUUUGAUGCGCACUUGAGAUGGUUGCCUGGGAUGCCCAGGGAAUUCAAGUAUAAAGAUAUAAAGAAGGCAACGAACGACUUCCAUGAGAGUAUGAAGCUGGGUGAAGGUGGUUUUGGGAUCGUUUACAAAGGAAUUCUGAAUGCCAAAGAUCACGGUAUUGCUAGUGAAAUAGCUGUCAAGCGUUUCUCCAGAGAUGACAUCAAAAGCAAAGAUGAUUUCUUGGCUGAGCUCACCAUUAUUCACCGCCUUCGACAUAAACAUCUCGUCCGCUUAGUUGGGUGGUGCUACGCCAAAGGAAAGCUACUCCUCUUGUACGACUUCAUGCCAAAUGGUAGUCUUGAUGAACAACUAUACGAGGGUUCCAACCCGAACACUUUGAAUUGGGAACGCCGAUCCAGGAUACUAGCCGGCGUGGCGUCAGCAUUGCAUUAUCUGCACAAUGAGUAUGAUCAGAAAGUUGUGCAUCGUGACCUCAAAGCCAGCAACAUCUUGCUAGACUCCGACUACAACGCUCGCCUGGGUGAUUUCGGGCUUGCCCGAGCCUUGGAUAAUGACCGGAAUUCCUACGCAGAACUAGGAUUAGCUGGAGUCGCAGGCACCUUGGGCUAUGUUGCUCCUGAGUGCUUUCACACAGGGAAAGCCACGCCUGACUCUGAUGUGUUUGGUUUUGGGAUAGUGGUGCUUGAGGUCGUGUGUGGCAGAAGUCCUCGGAUCCAAAUCAAUUACCACCACCAUCUCUAUUCCUUGGUCGAUUGGGUUUGGACGUUACACCGCGAGGGCAGCAUUCUUGAAGCUGUAGAUGAGAGGCUUGGCAAAGACUAUGUGGUUGAUGAAGCUAAGAGGUUUUUACUUCUUGGCCUCGCAUGCACACAUCCCAUUGCCAGUGAAAGGCCUCAAACGCAGGCCAUAUUCCAGAUCAUAGCCGGCACUAUGCCAGCUCCCCAUGUACCUCCAUUCAAACCUGCCUUCACAUGGCCUUCCAUGGGACAAUCCUUGAGCAUCACUGAUCAGAGUACAACUUCAGCUGCAACAUUCUCUUCCGAAGGUUUUUCUCAUGUGAUUAAUGUGGAUGUACAGGACGUAACACCCAAAGAGGAGUCGUCGUCGCUUAGGCAUUCUCCUAUGCAUUAAAAUGGGAGGUUUUUAAAGAUACCCAAUUUUUUUUUUCUGGACUCCUUGUAAACUCGUGAAUUGUUGCAUUAAUGUUUCCUCAAUUCUCUGCAGAUCAUCCUUACACACGCAUGCUGCAUGCUGUUGAUUUCUUGAACAUAUUGUUCAUCAUGUAUUCUGUCUUGUGCAUAUUACGGUCUAAUUGGUUGGUUUCUUCGAAAACUUAAAGCUUGAA